AUGCCCAAAGAUAUUUACAAGACUUUCAAGCGAUCGAUAUCGGCUGUGACUGGAGUUGGAACUUCGAGUAACUCGGCUGGAGGAGCUGCGAGUAAUGGAGAGGUGAGUCUUGAGACGAAAAAAUCAUGAAAAAUGGUGUAUUUUGGGGUCUUGGAACGAUUGAAAAUGGUUCAUGUACCUUUAAAAAUCAUAAUUUUUGGUCUUGAGACCGAAAAAUCAUGAAAAAUGGUGUAUUUUGGGGUCUUGAGACGAUUAAAAAUGGUGCAUGUACCUUUAAAAAUGAUAAUUUUGGGUCUUGAAACGAUUGAAAACCAAGAAUUCCUAGAUAUGCACCUUUAAACUACCAAUUUUUGGUCUUGAAACGAUUCAAAAUGAUGAGAAGUUCACUGUGUACCUUUAAAAAUCGGAGUAGAUUUUUAAAGGCGCAUAGAACACUUCGAACAAUAUGUUAUGCGCCUUUAAAAAUCACAAAAUUUCAUAUUUUUGGUCUCGAAACGAUUGAAAAUCAAGAAUUCCUAGUUAUGCGCCUUUAAACUACCAUUUUUUGGUCUUGAAACGAUUUAACAUCAUGAGAAGUUUACUAUGUACCUUUAAAAAUCGGAGUAGAUGUUUAAAGGCGCAUAGAACACUUCGAAAAAUAGGUUAUGCGCCUUUAAAAAUCACAAAAUUGUAUAUUUUUGGUCUUGAAACGAUUGAAAACCAAGAAUUCAUAGUUAUGCGCCUUUAAAGUACCUAGUUUUGGUCUUGAAACGAUUUGAACUCAUGAGAAGUUUACUAUGUACCUUUAAAAAUCGGAGUCGAUUUUUAAAGGCGCAUAGAACACUUCGAAAAAUAGUUUUGGUCUUGACACGAAGGCACACGCCGCCUAACUAAUUCCUAUUGCAGUCCUCCUCCACACCAUCCACAUCAUCAUCAAGUGUAAAAUACCGUGGCGGUUCAGGUCGAACCUGGAUUCAUCCGCCCGAUUUUCUGAUCAACGGACGCGUCGAAUACGUGGCUCGAUUCUUGGGCACCGUCGAAACGGCAAAAGCGCAUGGCAGUGACGUGGCACGCGAGGCGAUUCAUGCGAUUCGAUUUCAGCGCGAUGUGAGUUGACUGGCUGAAAAUAAUCUGAAAUUAUCCACGAUUUUUCAGCUGAAACGAUCGGAACAGACGAGAGAAACGGCGAAAUUGCUGAAAGUCGAUAUUCAAAUAUCGAUCGAUAAUGUGGUGAUUGCGGACACCAAAAGCAAACAGAUUCUCUAUAAAUUUCCGCUUGGACGGAUCUCGUUUUGUGCCGAUGAUAAGGAUGUGAGUUUUUCUUCCGUGUAGGCGGCCACGCGGAUUGAUAUGAUAUGGUAAACGUCAUAGCAAUUCGCGUGGCCGCUAAAGCGGAAGCUUGCGGUUUACAUUUGCGAGAGUAUGUCCCUUUGAGGGGCUUUCAAAGGGACAUACACUCGCGCAAAGCGCUCGAAGCCGCUUACGCGGAAGCUUGCGGUUCACACUCGCUUCGCUCGAGCGACAAAGUCGCGAGUGUAGACCGCAAGCUUCCGCUUCAGCGGCACUGUCUUCCGCUUCAGCGGCCACGUGGAUUACUAUGACGUGGAAUAUCACUAGGAUAGCGAUCCGCGUGGCCGCUAAAGCGGAAGACAGUGCCGCUGCGCGGAAGCUUGCGGUUCACACUCGCUUCGCUCGGGCUAUGACGUGGCAAAUCUGAUGAAUUUAAAGCUCAAAAAAUUCAGAAUAAUGAAUUUUUGGAUAAUUUUAAUCGAUUCAUCUAUUGAUAUCAAUUUUCGGUCUUGAAGAAAUUUCAAACCAAUUUCUUGAAACGUAAAAAUUUCGGGAAUUUUUUUUUGAAAAUCAAUAUUUGAAAAUUUUUUUGUCCAGUGUAAACGCGGAGUAUUGUAGUUUUUUCCGAGCGAAGCGAGUGUAAACCGCAAGCUUCCGCGUAAGCGGCACUAUCUUCCGCUUUAGCGGCCACGUGGAUUGCUAUGACGUAGAAUAUCACUAGGAUAGCAAUCCACGUGGUCGCUAAAGCGGAAGAUAGUGCCGCUGACGCGGAAGCUUGCGGAUUACACUCGCUGCGCUCGACCCGAGCGCUGUGCGGGAGUGUAGACCGCAAGAUUCCGCGUCAGCGGCACUAUCUUCCGCGAAGCGGCCACGCGGGUUGCUAUUACGUGGUUUUUGAAAUUAACCAUAACGUAGAACGUAAACGCGGAGCUUCGUAGUUUUCCGAGCGAAGCGAGUGUAAACCGCAAGCUUCCGCGUCAGCGGCAUCGUGGAUUGUUAUGACGUGGUUUUUUCUAGUCUGAAAUUAACCCUAUCCCAAUUUUUCCAGGACAAACGUAUGUUUUCAUUCAUCGCCCGUGCCGAAGGUCAAAACUCCAAACACAGUUGCUUCGCAUUCACCUCCGAAAAACUGGCCGAAGAAAUCACUCUAACCAUCGGCGAAGCCUUCGAUCUUGCCUACAAAAGGUUCCUCGACAAAAAUCGAAGCUCUCUCGAAAACCAAAAACAAGUCUUCAUCUUACGAAAGCGAAUCGCUGAACUCGAAGCCGAAAAUCAGGUGUUGAGUCAGCGAUUGGCCGAAUCGAUUCGGGCCAAUAAGGGCUCCCCUGGGGGCCAUUUUGGAGCCGUGGGUAAUCUUAUGGAUGCUCCAGCUUUGCCAUGCUCACCAAUGCCAAAAGGUCCGCCGCCAAACCUCCCUGGGGGAAUCUACUCAACCCCGAGGCCUGAUUUGAUGACGGCACCAUUGGAACAGGCGCCCAAACUGCCCUCGCCCAGACCUCCCGCUGUCCUGCCCCCACCACCUCCACCAAUUGCACCAAGACGGCAGAAUUUGGGAGCUCCAGGAGCAGCUCAAGAAUUGGAAGGUGUGGAAUUGAAGUCGGCGCCGGAGGUUUUUGACGAUGAUUUUGAUCCGAGAGCCGGGGAGAAGGAGGAGAAAAAGAGCUAUGGUGAGUUUGAGCUGAAAAUUUGACUGAAAAUCGGGGAUUUUUGCACAUUUUUCGCUGAAAAUUCGAAAUUUUCAUUGAAAUUUGGAUAUUUUUAGUGAAAAUUGGAGAAAAACCAAGAAUUUUGAGCCAAAAUGACACAAUUUUUGCUGAAAAUCUCGGAUUUUGGCUGAAAAUCCUCGAUUUUUAAGCUGAAAUUCGAAAUUUUCAUUGAAAUUUGGAUAUUUUUAGUGAAACUUGGAGAAAAACCGAGAAUUUUGAGCCAAAACAACAAUUUUGCUGAAAUUUGACUGAAAAUCCCGGAUUUUUUGAGGUGAAAUUCGAAAUUUUCAUUGAAAUUUGGAUAUUUUUAGUGAAAAUUCGAAAAAUUUUGAUUUAAAAAAUCCACGUGGUAAAAAAUCUUUCAGAUCCAUUCGGCGACGAUUUCCUCACCGAAAAACUGGCAGCCGCCAGUAGUCCCUCAACAUCUUCCGCUUCCGCGUCCGCUUCCGCACCACCGCCCCCGAAAACCGCCGCCGAUUUCCAGGCGAUGAUCGAGAAUGUGGAGAAGCGGUUGGCGGAAAUCGGAACGAAUUUUUGCGAUGAUGAUGAUUUUGGACAAUUCGAGACGGGCGAGUUGAGCGGAAUGGACGCGGAAAACGCGUACGGUGUGCCGACGGAUCAAUUGAAUGCGCAAGUUAUGAAUUUGAAACAGUAG